AUGACCAAGACCCCAAUCUCCGCCCUCCCGCUGCCCCCCGCCUCGCACCUGCUCCCGCUCAACCUCACCCCGGACACCGAAACGCCCUCCGUCCCCGCCUUCCGCGCCGCCCUCGCCAGCACCCCCAGCAUCCAGCGCCGCGCGCGCCUCCUCGCCCCGCAAUGCCACUUCUCCCACGUCGCGCCCCUCCCCAUCGCCUUCCCGUACGACAUCCCCCCGCCCGACGACCCCAAGCUCGCCCACGACAAGAUGGCCGUCGUCGAGCGCUGGCUGGGCGCGCGCGAGGCGCGGCACGCGCGCCCGGGUGCCAAGGGGCCGCUGAGCAUGUACUACCCCGAGCAGCGCGACGCGCCCCGCGAGCUCCUCGGCCUCUCCGCGGCGGGCAUCCGCGACUGCGUCCCCGCGCUGCACGUCGGCGACGCGUUCGCGACGCUCGGCACGCCCACGCUCGCGCACGCGUUCGACGACGAGGACGUCCCCGCACCGGCGGAGGAGGACAAGCGCAUCCGCGAGGAGCUCGUCGACGUCCUCGCCGGCCACGCGGUCCUCAUGUCCGGCGAGGACGACGAGCGCGCGACGCCCUUCGCGCCCUGGGCGCUCCGCUACAGCGGGCACCAGUUCGGCGUGUGGGCCGGCCAGCUGGGCGACGGGCGCGCCGUCUCCAUUCUGGCGACGCCGCACCCGGCCGACCCCGACACGACGUACGAGCUGCAGCUCAAGGGCGCGGGCCGCACCCCGUUCGCGCGCAGCGCCGACGGGCUUGCCGUCACGCGCUCCUCCGUGCGUGAGUUCCUCUGCGCCGAAGCGAUGCAUGCCCUCGGCAUCCCCACCACCCGCUCCAUCGCAUUGAUCUCCCUCCCCGCCGUACCCGUGCAGCGCGAGCGCGAAGAGUCCGCGUGCGUGCUCACAAGAGCCGCGCCGUCGUUCGUGCGUGUCGGCUGCUUCGAGGCGCUGAACCCGCCCGCGGGCAUGUUCUUCCUCGGCGGCGGGCAGCAGGACGCGGACUGGGAGGCGCUGAGGCGGUUGGGGGAGUGGGUGGUUAGGCGGGUGUUGAGGUUGACUUUGGAGGAAGGGGAGAGGGGCAGGUGGGGGAAGGAGCUGGUGUUGGAGGUGGCGAGGCGGAAUGCGCGGAUGGUGGCGGGGUGGCAGGCGUAUGGGUUCAUGCACGGCGUGAUCAACACGGACAACGUGUCGAUUCUAGGCCUGACGAUAGACUACGGACCCUUUGCGUUCAUGGACGUCUUCAACCCGUGGCAUAUAUGUAACCACACCGACGAGGAAGGGCGCUAUUCCUACCGGGCCCAGCCAAGCAUGAUCAUGUAUGCGUCCGAGGCUCUAUUGACGGCCCUCGCGCCGCUCAUCGGUGCCGAAGCCGAGCUCGGGCACGCCGUCGGCCCAGGCUGGGCGCAGGACGUCCCGGACGCGAAGGUCGACGAAUGGCGCAAGGCCGGCGCGGAGCUCGUCAAGGCCGAGCUGCACCACGUCAUCCUGGACGAAUGCGGGAGGGAGUACGGCAGGCUCAUGCACAAGCGCCUGGGCCUGCGGCGCUACGACGCGGGCGACGAGGCGCAGCUGUGCCGCCCGCUGCUGGAUAUUAUGGAGGAGCACAAGCUCGACUUCCACGGGACCUUCCGCGCGCUGUGCGCCUUCCGCCCCGCGCUCCUCCGCCCGCCCGCGCACGUCAACGGCGGCGGCGACCAUCCCAACCCCGCCUCCCCACAGAGUCCCCUCGACCCCUUCCUCUCCGCGCUCCUCAGCCAGUCGCCCGAGGCGGAGCGCAUGGACCGCGACAAGGCCGCGCGCGACUGGACGGCGUGGCUCGGCGCGUACGCGGCGCGCAUCGAGAGCGAAAGAGAUCGGUGGGGCGCGGACCCCGACGCGGAGCGCGCGCGGGAGGCGCGGGCGGCGAACCCGCGGUUCGUCCUGCGGCAGUGGGUGCUCGAGGAGGUCAUCAGGAAGGUCGAGCAGGACGCGGAGAGCGGGCGGAGGGUGCUCGCGAAGGUGCUGCAGAUGGCGUGCAGCCCGUUCGAGCCGUGGGGCGCGGAGGGCGAUGAGACGCCGGAUGAUCAGCUGGAGCCGGAGGUCAGGGAGGAGAGACGGUUCUGCGGUAUGGGAGAGAAGCAAAUGAUCGGGUUCCAGUGUAGCUGCUCAAGCUGAUUUCGAUGUCCCGCUGUAUGCUGUAAAUUUGUUCGUCCGUACAUGUGUAUUCCUCUGUUGUAUUGUACUGUUCACACAACACCUGCAUCAUACUAUGCAUGUCCUUACUCUGCCC